AUGUCCCGAAUAGAUCCAACUCCAACAACAACAAACAACUUUUAUGGGCUGCCGUCCGAUAUCCCUUCUGAAGAAUAUUGUAAACAGCUCGAUCUGAUUGUUCGACUGAUAUACAUAUUAACGGGCGAGUGUCAGUUGGACGUGUCUAGAAAACAGGUGAUCCGGUUCUUCAGACCCAUCUCAUCCUACUCGGGCUAUUUAUCCAUUACCGCAUGGCUAUUUGCGCAGAUUCCUCAGGUGAUCAAAAACUACUCGGAGGAAUCUGUUGAUGGGUUAUCUCUGGGCUUUUUAUGUUGCUGGUUCGCAGGGGACUUUUUAAACUUCACAAGCUGUUUGAUGACCGACGCCAUGUUUUUCCAGACUCUGCUCAGCUCCUACUACUUAAUCAUCGACGUGGUCCUGGCAGGUCAGUACUACUACUACACUAAGAUGUAUCACAAUCCCGAGUCGCGAUUUUUCCACCACAAAAGAUCGAAACGAAUGGGAGACAUCAAAUCGCCCCGCACGGCUCUCAGAUCGGCUCUGGAUGCCCACUCCGCGGCAGAAAUAGACAUGGAUCCCAACAACCACGCAUUUAUCCCGGCUGAACAUAUCGCGUCUCCAAUAGCAAUCGGAAAUAAUCGUCCGUUACGGGCGUCCGCGAUGAAAAAUAGUCUGACCAAACUGGUGAGUUCGAGUUUCAUCAUGGGAUUCAGCCGGGCUAACGCUGCUCCCAUCCCAAACCACGGGUUCUCUGCCCAGGAUAAGAUAAACAACUCUGCAUUACUGAAAAUAUUACAAGCAUUACUCUCACUAUCCACACACCAGCUGGGUAAAAUAUUGGCCUGGUGUUGCACCAUCCUCUACAUUGGUUCCCGUUUCCCCCAGAUCGUCACAAACCACAAGAUCAGAACCACCAAAGGAGUGUCUCCGAAGUUCAUCUUGAGUGCUCUUUUGGGAAACCUGUGCUACUCUCUAUCUCUGGCAACAUGCCAAGACUCUUUAAGCGGCGGGAAAGUCUCGCGUGAGUUUUGGCAGGCCGAACUAAGCUAUCUUCUAGGUGCUAUGGGAACGGUUGCUCUUGACGUUACGUUGUUGCUACAAUGGUAUUGGUGGGAUUACAACCGGACCGAAGAGUACAGUCCGAUCUCGUCCAACGUACCGGCCAACAGAAGAGAAAGCAUCACCAUGGAUCACUAUAAUAAGUUGCUGAAGACCAACUCUCCAGAAACCGGUCCACACGGUCCAAUCAACAUGAAAAUACCAAUGUCUCCGAAUCAUGCACGCAAACUGAGUGAGCAUACUCCAUUGUCUCCAAUCGACUUUUUAUUGGACGACUACAUGAUUCUUGCUAAGAGCCAUAAACCGAAAAACCAUCUUGACGAAACGCUCAAGAUGUCAAAUUACGGAUCUAUAUCUUAA